UUUUCCUGAUCAUUCUUACCUUUUCACUCAGGAGCCACAACUAACUUUUUCAUUUGGGACUCAGGUCAGGAGUCUCUCCAAAGAUUUUCUCUGUGAUCCACCAGGUUUCAUUCCCUGGCUAAUUCAUCACAAGUACGUAUUUACUAACAGAAAUGAUGAUGACUUUUCCAGUCUCCUCACAGGGCAGAUAUCUGAUUUUCCUCUUCAUCCAGUUGCCCAUGCUGGACUCAGCUCGGUUUGAUGUGAUUGGGCCUACUGAACCCAUCCUGGCCAUGGUUGGGGAAGAUAUUGAUUUACCCUGUCACCUCUCACCCAACAUAAGUGCUAAGAAUAUGGAGCUGAGGUGGUAUAGAAAGAAGAUCUCUCCAGCAGUAUAUGUGUAUCAGAAAGAAAAGGACCAAGGAGGAGAUCAAAUUAAGGAGUUUCAAGGGAGAACAACAUUUGUUCAAGACAAUAUCACUGAGGGGAAUGUGGCUGUGACAAUCCACAACGUCAGAGCUUCCGAUGAUGGACAAUAUCGCUGCUUUUUCAAAGAUGACCAAAUGUAUGAAGAAGCUAUCAUAGAGCUGAAAGUGGCAAGUCUGGGCUCUGAUCCUCACAUUCACAUGGAAGCUUAUGGAGAUGAAGGCAUUCUCCUAGAGUGCACAUCAGUUGGAUGGUACCCAGUGCCCCAGGUGCUAUGGAAAGAUCUAAAAGGAGAGAUAUUACCACUUUUAUCUUUGUCCCAGACACCUAAUGAAGAUGGCCUAAUUACUGUAGAAGCCUCUGUGGCUAUCAGAGACUAUUCUGUGGGAAGUGUAUCUUGUUCCAUUCGAAACCCUCUCCUCAAUCUGGAGAAGGUGGUAAGGAUUUCCAUACCAGAUCCUGUCUUCUCAAGGUUAUCUCCUUGGAUUUUGUCUAUGGCUGUUAUUCUUACUGCUCUUGGACUUCUCACUAUUGGAGCCAUAUUCUUCAUCUGGAAACUACAUAGAAACAAAAAUGGAGAAAAAGAGAAUAAAUCCUUAAGCAAAGGAUGGAAAAAGGCUCAGUUACAUGCAGUUAAUGUAACUCUGGAUCCAGACACUGCUCAUCCCCAUCUCUUCCUAUAUGAGGGUUUGAAAUCCAUCAGGUUGGAGGACACACGACAGAAGCUUCCUGACAAGCCUGAGAGAUUUGAUUCCUGGCCUUGUGUACUAGGCCGGGAAGGCUUCACCUCAGGGAAACACUACUGGGAAGUAGAAGUGGGAGAUAGAACUGAUUGGGCUAUAGGAGUUUGUAAGGAGAAUGUGACAAAGAAAGGAUUUGAUCCCAUGACCCCUGAGAAUGGGUUUUGGGCUGUGGAGUUGUAUGGAAAUGGAUAUUGGGCUCUUACCCCACUCCGGACCCCCCUUCCUCUAACAGGACCUCCUCGCCGUAUAGGGGUGUUUUUGGACUAUGAAUCCGGACAUAUUUCCUUCUAUGACAUGACUAAUGGAUCACACAUCUAUACUUUCCCCCAAGCCUCCUUUUCUGGGACUCUCCGGCCUUUCUUUUGUCUUUGGUCUUGUGGUAAAAAGCCCCUUACUAUUUGUCCAAUAUUUGAUGGACCAGAUGAAGUCACUAUCAUUGCUAAUCCCCCUAUCCCUUCUAAGAAGAGCCUAGUGACCCCCACAAGUGAAAAAUCAAUUUUAUGGGACACAGAUUCUCCCCAAAGUUCCAAUUCUAAAAUAUUUCCAAUUCAACCUAAUAAUGGGGUCCUGGAACAUUAGGAACCACUCUGUGCUCCCUUUCAUUUUCACUCUUCCUCUUUUAGGUCUAUAGUUGCCUUCAUUAUCUGGCUUAUCUAUUGCUACCCAUGAGGUAGUGAACAGGUUUGGGGAAACUCCAUAAAGGUUUACCCAGAUAGGGAGGGGAAUAUAAAGAAGGCAAAAUUUAAACUGCUUUUAUAAUAGCUAGGGUGAGAAUUUUUCUAACCUAUUGCUUCAGUAUCAGCUAGGUAUCGAUAAAUAAGAGUUGAGGGAGUGGAUUAGGUAGGAUUACAUAAAAGAGUAUUCUUGGUGCUGUGAAUAGGGAAAUUUUGAAGAACAAAGACUUAAAACAGCAAAGAGACCAAAUGGUACAUAGGAAAUGCUAGAAAAAAUAUCACAAAUAAACAGGUUUAGUUCACAGAACUAUAUUGGGAACAAGAGUAAG